GAGAGAGAGAGAGAGAGAGAGAGAAUGAAAGGAGGGAUCGCUUUAGAAAAUGGAGAAGCCUCAAAGGCUUUGAUUGGAGGAAGUGAAAGUGGGGUGAACAAAGGAUUGUCCAUACUUGAUUUCAUAAUGAGAUUGUUAGCAAUAGUGGGGACGUUAGCAAGUGCGAUAUCAAUGGGGACCACUGAUGAAACCCUCCCUUUCUUUACCCAGUUCAUCCAAUUCAAGGCCCAAUACGACGAUCUUCCGUCUUUCACGUAUGAUUCAUCUGUCAUCCCAUCACACACUUUUUUUCUUUUUCUUCUUUUUUCUUUUUUCUUGUUUAAUUAUCAAUCUUUUAGUAAUGGUAUCUAUGUGCUUAUGAUCUUUCUCUCAUGUAUGGAAUGUAGGUUCUUUGUGAUAGCCAAUGCAAUCGUAUGUGGAUAUAUAGUACUGUCUCUCCCCGUAUCCAUCUUCCACAUUGUUAGGAGCAGAGCGAGAGGCAGCAGGCUCAUCUUGAUCUUUUUUGAUACGGCAAUGCUGGCGCUCUUGACCGCCGGAGCUUCUGCAGCGGCAGCAAUAGUAUACCUAGCACACAAUGGCAAUGCUAGCGCAAACUGGUUCGCCAUCUGCCAACAGUUCAACUCCUUCUGUGAACGAAUCUCCGGCUCUUUAAUUGGCUCCUUUGGCGCAAUGAUCAUGUUUAUACUGAUUAUAUUGUUCUCUGCCGUUGCCCUUUCCCGGCGUUGACUCAAGUUCAGCAACAGUAUAUGCUUUUUUUUUUUUCACCCCUCCAUACAUUUUUAUGGUUGUUUGUGUUUGGGAUAUUGUGCAUGUGUGCGCUCAGCCAUGUCCAUGCGGUAUUUAAAUAUUUUCCUGCUUAUGUUGAUGAUUUGAGGCCAACACUCCCCUAGGAGUUGGGUUAAGGCUUGUAAUGGUGGAAACUGUGUAAUUUGCAGAUGUGGAAUUUCAUUUUCUUCUCUCUUUAACUUGUUAAUGAAAGGAAGUUUCUCUUAUGUAUGAAUUUGAACUGUUGGGUCGCUCUGAUGCAUGGUAUGGAAAUGGGUUGGCCGUAUUCUACUUUCUCUGAUACAAGGUAC